AUGUCAUUCGUGAUGCUCACUGAGUCCCAAGUUGCGCCACCUGCAGUCAGUGAGAAUUACACUGCUGCCCAAAGCAAGCGAAACCAUUCACAAGGCCAACUGGAGAAUGGUUCAUUCGUGGAUCAAGUGGAGAAAACGACACGGCUGUUUGAGAUUGUCUCGGCGCGCUCCGAUAUCGAUCAUCCUAUCUGCGUGGAAUGCACGGAGCUGCUCGUGGAAGGAUUACAAAAACGGUUGGCAGGGUCUACGAAGGAGCGAGAUGCCUACAUCUCUUUUCUUAGAGACUUGAAUGGGUCAAUCCCGACCGAGGAGGAGCUACAGGAGGCACAGAAAUCGUUGGAUGAGAGCCUCGAAGCGGAACAGGCCGCAUUCGCAGAGCUGCAGGCCCUUGAGAAAGAAAAGGCUGCUCUAGAUGCAGAAAUUGCCAGCUUGGAAAUUGACUCACGACGACUGGAUGCAGACGAGGAGAGCUUUUGGCGGUCUCGCAAUGCGUUUGCCUUGACGCUCACGGAGUUUCAAAACGAACGGGAUGCGCUCAAUAUGCGUUAUGAUCAUGACUCCCAACAGCUUGAGAGACUGCAGCGGACAAAUGUCUACAAUGACGCGUUUUGCAUUGGUCAUGAUGGAUAUUUCGGGACUAUCAAUGGACUACGACUGGGCCGCCUGGCCAAUCCUUCUGUUGACUGGCCUGAAAUCAAUGCGGCAUGGGGCCAAACAGUCCUACUUCUGGCCACGAUGGCUGAGAAACUCGGAUUUCAAUUCCAGGGGUAUCGUCUCAGCCCACUAGGAUCUAACUCGCGCAUUGAGAGAAUUGAAUAUCCCACGCAGCCAUCUGGUCAGCCCGUCGAGGGAGCUGCACCUAAAGUGACCCAACUCGACCUGUUUUCAUCCGGGGAUCUCCCGCUCAACUUUCCUUGGCUGCACCGUCGGUUUGACUCGGGCAUGGUGGCGUUUCUUGAGUGUCUGCGCCAGCUAGGGAAGUUCGUUGAAAAGACCCCAGCGCCAAUUCUAACGUCCCGUCGCGGUCAGACCGGCGCCACAGCGCCGGGGUUAAAAUUGCCCUAUGAGAUCAAGCGGGACCGCAUUGGUGAUGCCAGCAUCAAGUUGGGCUUCAACCAGAAUGAUGAGACCUGGACUCGAGCCUGCAAGUACACGCUCACUUGCUGCAAGUUUCUCCUUGCGCAUGCCAGCAAUCUCGCUAGCACAGGGUCUAGCAAUUCGGCUGCUGUCGCGGCCGCAGCCGUAGCAGCCGCUGACCAAGCCCGACAGGCAACGGCCAGCCCGAUGAAAACCCCCUGA